ACUUGCCACUGAUCUUCAUUCGGGCGCCCGGUCCCGAACUGAACGCACGUGUCCGUCGCUAACGCCCGACUUUUCAUUAUUGAACGAUUGAUCACAUUUUUUUUGUCAUCAUCGUCUCCAUCCCGUUACUUUUUUUUUUUUGUUCGCUUCGGUUGGUUCUCCUAUUGGUCAGUGCCACCCAACGAAUUCGUUUUCACUUUCAGUGAUUCCUCGUCGCCCGGUGGACGUGUCUUCGUCCACUCUCUCCCUCUGCCACAACCCCAUCAAUCCCUGCCUUCGUUCAGCGCCUCCGCCCUUCCAGUUAAUCAAAUCGAAAAAAAAAAUAUAUUAUCGAACGAUUUUCACAAGUGAAUUUUUUUCAAAAGUCGAUUUGACCAACGAUUAAAUCGCUGCCGACUGACAAUUUGGUCUAGUUCGAGUUGUUUUCAUCGCAACUCGUGAACUGCAUGCGCGCGUGAUUGAUUUGGAUAUUCAACGAUCGGUUCGUUUCAAUCUCCGUCACUGACCUUGCGCGCAGUGUUCCGGUUUUAUCCAUCGCCUAUACACCCUUCGUCACAUCGGUCGUCGCCCGUCUCAUUUCUUCUGAUUUCUUCAAUCGUCAAGAUCGCCCGGACGAGUGGCUGUUCGUCGCGUUCACUUCCUACAUUUAUUUCACAAGGGCAAGAAUGAUUCAUUCGGCCUGAUUGGAUUUGAAAUCACCACUGCGUCUCACCCUGAGCUCCAUAAAAACAACUCUGCGAUCUGCCGUUUCCUCUGAAUGAACCCGCAAUCGUUGACGCCUCCACUCACCGCCGCCGAUCAUCGCCGACGUCGCAAUCCGCCAUCCAUCGCAUCCGUCGCCGUGGAAACGCAGCAGCCAGAGGCCGCCUCAUCUGCUGUAGCCGCCGCCACCGCCGCCGCUUACUACCAGCACUGUUGGGACGUCUUGAUGAAGGCCGAUAGUCUCCAUCAUCACCACCAUCCUCAUCAUCCUUCGGACGGUCGAUCACCACCGCCAGCCAGAUCACCACUAGCCAUGGACCACCGUCAUCACCACCGAUUGCCCCACCCACCGCCGCCGCCUCCUCCGUCCUGGAUGACCGCGAUGGCCGCCAGCACCAUUCCAUGGCCUUUCAUUCCACAGGUCACGGAUAGCGCCGCUGCGGCGACGGCCACUCAGCAGCUGCAGAUCGCCAACAUGUACGCCUCGCUGUUCACCCGACUCCAGCAGCAGCACCAGCAAAUGAGCGCCAGCCAGCAGUCCAAUUCCAGUGGUGGCGGAGAAAUGUCGCCCAAGCAAGCGUCCGUCUACCCCGGGCCGCUCAGCGGCGACUCCAGCAUAGGGCAGGCCGUUCCGCGCCUCCUGCGCCAGCUGACCGUUCAGAUCAAGCCGGGCCGACAGCUCCAGCAGGAGGAGGAGGAACGCGAGCAACAGGAUCGGCAUCAGGGGGACCAAAUGCCUUUUGAUCUCUCCUCUCGGCGUCCGCAUUCUCCGUCGGAUGAAUCCGGAGCGCCGCUCGAUUUGAGGAUUGACGGCAAGAAGGAUCGCUCCAGCGACAACUCUCCCGCUCGCGGACGCCAGGACUCACCUUGCCCACCUCUGGUGAUCCACAAUAGAAGUCCGGCCACAUCUCCCGUCCGCCCGUCUUCGUCCAGCGCUUCUUACUCUUCGGCGCCAGCUUCUCCGGUCCGGCCCAGUUCGUCUUCCGGUCGGGCCACUUCGUCGCCACUGCUCUGCCCGUCCACGCUCCACCCUGUCAUGCUGGAGGCCAUGUACCGCUCUAUGGAGAAGAUCCCUCGUCUGACCACCGUCUUCCCGGGAGGACCGUAUCCGCCGAACCAGCCGCACCACCAGCGGCCCUGUCCGCCGCUGAUCCAUCCGGCCACUGGUCUGGUCUCGCACCAUCACCACCACCAAGCGUCCAGCAGCGGCAGCAACUACCCGCGGCUCGGCCGCCAGGAGUCGUCCAAUUCGAACAAGACGGGCAACGCGUCGAGUAGCACCGGGGUGAACAAAUCGCGCGACCGCUACUCGUGCAAGUUCUGCGGCAAGGUCUUCCCCCGCUCGGCCAACUUGACCCGCCACCUGCGGACUCACACGGGCGAACAGCCUUACAAAUGCAAAUACUGCGAUCGCUCCUUCUCCAUCUCGUCCAACCUGCAGAGACACGUUCGCAACAUUCACAACAAGGAGAAACCGUUCAGGUGUCCGCUGUGCGACCGCUGUUUCGGGCAACAAACCAAUUUGGACCGACAUUUGAAGAAGCACGAAUCGGACGGGCCCACCAUUCUGGACGAAGAUCGUAAGCGAAGUCGUGCGGCCGGAAUGACGGCCGCAGCCGGCGCCAGGCCAUCUGGCGUCCAACUCUUGAGGCCGCCGGCCGCAGGAUUUUAUUACGCCGACUUGGCCGCCGUCGCCGCCGCCCAGCAUCAUCACCAGCAGCAGCAGCAGCAGCACCGACGGGCGGCCAUCCCGGAUUUGCACCACAACAUUUCGCCGAUUCUCAACAGCCGCCUGGGCAUGAUGGGGGCUCAAUCUCCCGUCCACUCGCCGGCCCAAUCGCCGUCCGGCAGCAGCUCUUCCGACCACGACGAGUCGCCAAUGAAUAAGAAAGCCCGGCACCACGAAAUCGAGGAAGACGACGAAGAAGAAAGCGCCAUCGAAUCCAGUCCAGAGGAAGCCGAGGAGGAAGACGAUCUCGCCAACUCGAAAGAAACCAUCGCUGAUGAGGAGCUUGCGGAGAGCUCGGUCAAAGACGAGGCCGAUGCGGCCAGCGAGGCCGGCAGCCACAGCAGCAGCGGCGCCAGCAAUAGCAGCGCCGGGGCGCCCAGCAGCGAAGGCAACGCGGGAGUCCUCUCAUGCGAGGUGACCAUCCACACGGACAACAAGUCGCCGACUUUGUCGCCAAACUCCGCCGCUAUUAUCGUCGUCACCCCGUCCAGUUGAAUUUCCGUUUGAAUAUAUGACUGAUGACUGUGAACUGCUGCUCUCUGUUACGUAAAAAAAGUCAUCAGACAUAAUAUUGCUAGAUAGUUGAAUAGGCUGAUCACGAAUCAACCGACCCCUCCCUUUAUUUUAUUUUUGAUUUUUUUUGGUUUGUUUCUUCACUCCCAUUCUACGGCCCGGUUUUUUGUUUUAACUUUCUCUUCUAUUAAUUUAGUGCAGUUUCUCUCUUCCAUUUUUUGUUUGUUUUCCCGUCCAGCAAUACACACACACACACACGCAAGGUACACACACCCAAGAGACAUCACUGACACGUCAGCAUGAUGAUCCGACACAAACACACGUGAAACACGAUUUGUUCCUAUUUGGAUAGCAAGCACUGGUGCACCCAAUUUGAUUUCGACGCUAUUGGUCCGGAAGAGACCCUUGGACUUUAUCUUCACUCGGUGACACUUGCACGGAUCGUCGCCUAUCAGCGACACACAUGGACCGUAGCCAAUGAAUUGAACGUAAUCUGAGAUUUUAUAAUUAAUUUAGUAGAAGAAUGAUAAUCCCCCAUCUCAUUGUGUUCACCCCCGAUGACCUCUUUUCUCAUCUCUGUUUUUUUCCCCUCCCGAAUUGUCGUUCAUUUUUUUUUUUAUUGGUGGGUUUUGAAACAAAUUACUGCUACCUACAAAUUUACAAGAAAAACGUAAAUGGAAAUGAUUUUUUUUUGUUUUGAUUUAUACGAAAAAUUUAAAAUAGUUUGUUCUGAAUGUUUUUUUUUUAUGGUUUAUCAAUCAGCACUUUUCCCUGCACCAUCCGGUAAAAAUUCUGCAAAUGAGGUACAAAAUAGUGUUGAAAUAAUUCAGAGUGUAUUUUUAAUAGAAAAUAUACAGGCAGCUGGGAAAA